AUGUCUUCCUCUGUUUUUUACAAGUUCAAGUCUCAGAGGGACGAGUCUCGGGUGACUUUCGAUGGCACCGGUAUCUCUGUUUUUGACCUCAAGAAAGAGAUCAUUCUAGCCAACAAUCUUGGUAAGGCAAACGACUUUGACCUCACUGUCUACGAUAGCUCCACCCAGCAAGAGUUCAGUAAUGACUCGCAUAUCAUACCACGUUCAUCUUCUGUCAUUGUAAAACGUCUUCCAUCUUCUCGCCCUGGCAAGGGUAAAGCUGCGAUGUACAUUGCUGGAACAAAUGGGACUGCUUCCGCUACUACAUCUGAACUUGCCCCCAAACAAGGGGGAAAUAACUGGCAUAAAGGUGCUAUGUCCAAAAGGUUUGAUGUUAGAGAAGACAUGCCAGCAUCGAAGCCCGCACCAUCCAAUAUCGUGAAAUCCUCCAUAACGAAGGAUGAUGAGGCUGCUGCUAUGGCGGCUAUGUUCCAAGCUCAAACAGCACACUGGGAAGAUACCCAGGAAAAGAUGUCUCAGUUGGUGUCCCGUCUAUGCGGUUUUUUGUUAUAUGUAGUAGAACCAGAUCUCAUGAACGCGAUUUGUUUUUUUUUGUCUAUCCUUAUAUUGGAUCUGAACAGUGCUGUACGAAUCAACAAUAAUCCUCGUGGCACCUCUUUUGGUCGAGGAGGCAAACCCCAUAAUGCUCAUCAGCAGUAUCAUCAACCUGAAAGGCCUUUACCACCCAGUUACGUUUGCUAUCGCUGUGGCCAGAAAGGCCACUGGAUUCAGGACUGUCCCACGAAUAACGAUCGCGAAUUUGACAACAAGCCUAGAAUCAAACGGACGACGGGUAUUCCGCGAAGCUUUUUGAAGGCCGUCGAAAACCCCAACAAUGGUCAGCUGACGCAAGGGGUAAUGGUUACUCCGGAAGGCGGAUAUGUUGUUGCACAACCAGACUCGGCUGCUUGGCAGAAGCAGGUCACGCGACCCAAAGGAUUGACUGCAGCGGACAUCCGUGAGCGGACGCCUACCGACCCUACACUCGUGUGUUCUAUAGACAACAAACUUUUCCGUGAUGCAGUCAGAACACCAUGCUGUGGCACAUUAUACUGCGAGGAGUGUAUCCAGACUCAUCUACUUGAAAGAGAUUUCUUAUGCCCAAAAUGCGGGAAAAAGAUAGCUUCGCUUGAUAAAUUGGUCAUGGAUAAACCUAUGCGCACAAAAGUUGCUGAUUAUAUCGAUAAGGCUAUAGAGGAUAGUAAGAAAGAUGGCGAAGAGGAAGGUUCGAGUAGUGGACCUAGCGCUCUCGCCAGCGGACAGGCCAGUGCAGCUGAAACGUUAGCCAAUGAAGAUUUUUAUUCUGAUCAACAACCGGGUCUGGAUAUGUCGAUGAUCGUGGACAGUAUUCCACAGAUACAAGCUCAGAUCUCACAAAUAUCACUGAUGCUUCAAAACCCAACUCUCCCGCACCAAGUUCGACACACCACAGAAAUGAAAUAUCAACAAUUACAGAUACAGCUUCAGCAGGCUCAAGCUCUUGCCGCUACAUUGGCUGUUGCCACCACUCUGCAGCAACAACAGCAGCAGCAACAACAACAACAACAGCAACAACAACAACAGGUCCAAAGUGCACCAGCAGGCGGCAUGCCUUACAACGUGCAAGGGGGCUAUCCAAAAAAUGAAUACCAAACAUGGACCAACCCCUUUUCGAAUCAACAGCCGGCAGGUCAAGAAUCGGCGUAUCAGCGGCUGCCACUGAACAACCGUAGGCGGAAUUUAAAGCGGGAGCGCCCGUCUGAUUUCCUGGAAAUGACUGGUAACGAGAGCGAGAGCAAGGUACCUAGAUACUGGGAAUGA